AUUUCACACAUAAAUGAACAGACUUGUGACUAUAUGUUGGCAAACUUGUGCGUUUAAACGGGUAAUGGAAAAGGCGACGAAUAGUUCUCAUAGUUAUGGUAAGGUAUCAUCCCCAGCAGACAUUGAAGCGAAUGGAAACGAAGAAGUCCUCACCUUAGAAAACUUGCAAAGCAUGGAUCUGUGUCCAAAUGAAGACACCCCCUUGAUUGAAGAAGAAGCGAUUAAAGAGGAUGUUCCUGCCUCGAGUCAAACGAUGAAAUAUUGCGAAUUCUCCGACGAGUCCUCAGAUGAUUCUGAUGAUAAUGAAGAUUCUCAGAGUGACACACAUAGAAGACAACAGAGGGAAACUUUAUGGAGGGAUAUUUUUGCAAAUUCAACAUUCGUCGAGAGUACAAAACCUGAUGAAGUUUCAAAAACAAAACUAAGAUUGCUUCCUGAGGACCAUGUCGAUCUCAGAAUAUUACUAGAUGAAGAGUCCACUAGUUCAAAGAAUGAAAAUACUGAAAUCCCGUACGAAAGACGCCGGGAGAUUGCAGAGGCAAUUUAUCUCGAUGAUGCUGAGAGCCUAAAGAUCUUAUUAACACAAGGUACACCGUUGUCAACCCAAGAAAUUCAGCGUCGCAUAUUUCAAGCCGUCGAGCUGAAUAGAUUAAAAUACUUGGACUUCAUUAGUGAAGAAUACGAAAAAUUCUAUCGUGAGCCAAACAUGUCAAAGCUUUUUUAUCGACGAGCGCACCUCUCUUAUGGUUCCUUUUCGCUGAACGACCAUCCCAAAGAGACCGCUCUGCACGUCCUUGCUAGCAAACCGAACUCAACUGAGGCGGUUAGGAUUUUCGAGAAUCGACCGUUAUUCCUAAGAGAUUUUUCAGACAUUCCUGACAGUCAUGGAUCAACACCACUUCUUGUGGCAGUAAAAAGCAACAACAUAGAAGUAGUAAGACUAUUAUUGCUUAGAACGAGACCCGAUGUGAACAGCCGAAAUAAACAUGGUGAAUCGCCCAUUCUUGUCGCAGCCGUGAACAACGACGCUGAUCUCAUAAGAACGAUGCUGGAAACAUAUGACGAACCUAGAGAAAGGCGUGAUCUUCUGGACAAAAUGUCGAAACUUGUUAUCGAUGGUAAUAGUCAUACAAUCCUUUACCCAGCCUCUCAAAGUGGAAAGCCUGAAGUACUGAACCUUAUUAUGGAACUGGAUUGCUUGUCAGAAUUUCUAGAGGCAGAGAAAGAAAUAAAGGGGGAUUGGGAAAAGUUUGUGGGAAACGUUUGUGCAAUUGGAUGCAAGAAACUAGCAAAGGCCUGUUUCAAACUUGAUCCCAGUCUUCUUGAUGAAGGAAAGGGAGAAUUUGUUACACCUCUUAUGAGGGCAGCCGAAGCAUAUGAAAUAAAAAUUGUACGACUCAUCUUCAAAAUUAAACCAGAUCAUAAACUUCUUGACAUUUGUGAUAAAACUGGCAAAAAUGUUUUUCAUUAUGCUGUAAAGAAUCCGGGUGUUCUCUUUGAACUUGUCUAUCAAGUUUUUAAGAUCGGCGGCAAAUAUGAUGCUAUUAAUAAAAUGGACGGGCGCGGAAAUACACCACUAAAAAUCGCGGUUGAUGGAAAACACACAGAGAGUCUUAUGUUUCUUGUGAAUUUCGCAAUGUUUGAGGUUUUUUCAGCUGACUGCAUCAACAACGUGGAUAUCGAGGUUUUAAAGAAAAGUCUAGAUAUUUGCAAGCAAAAAGCUCCCGAAGAGGCAGCUGAUCUGUUACGUGGAGAUCAUGAAAAAUAUCGACCGUUCUUGGAGGCAGCCUUUCAUGGAAACAUUGAAUUAAUGGAAUAUUUAAUUCAAGAAGGAGCAAAUCGUUUGCAAAGAACUCCAGCUAAUAGUACUGCAAUUCACAAUGCUGUACUCGGUGGAAACAUUGAUGCUGUGGAGUACUUGCUCGAGAGUUAUGGAUUCCUGGAAAUGAUUGACUUUACAGACGAAAAAGGGAUUACUGCAGCUGGUUAUGCGACGCAGGCAGGUCAUGCAGAAAUUCUGAGGUAUCUGUUAAAGAAGGGCGCAAAAUUGGAAAGUGACGAGAGAGAAGGCAGGGUGAAUGUACUCGAUGCUGCAUAUGAUUUCUAUGAAGUUGGGGAGGCCUCUAUCAAAGAAAUCGUUAUGUUUUGUACAAGAAAUGGCGAACUUGAGCCCCUUCGCAAGUUGUUCGAAGAUACUCGUCAUGGUCCUGAUAUGAUUAUGGCAAAGUUGGUUCAGGAAAUACCAGAUACAGCGAUCAUGGUUCUUAACUACUGUGUUAGAAACGAAGAACGUUUUGAUCCAUUAUUUGCACAUUUAGAAAGGAUCAUGCACUUCUCGACGUUUAUUUUCCAUCCAGGUAAAGGAAAAGGAAAGCUGGAAGCUAUAAAAAGCAUGGUGGAAAGCCAAAAGGCGGACAUAUUCUUGCGCCAUCCUUUGGUAACACAGUUCUUAAGAGCAAAAUCUUUAUCUGGCAUGUUUUUUCUGAAUUUCCUUCUGUACACGACGUUUGUUCUCCCUUUAACAAUUUAUUGCGCAAUCCAAAGUGGAGGUGUACAAAGUUUGGAAUCAUCUGGAAUGAUAGCAUUAUCUGUGAUAAUUUUUAUUGCCUGUGGAUUUCAUUUCAUAAAAGAAAUAUUUCAGAUGGUUUUCAAUGUAAAGGAUUACUUACUCGAUGCCGGAAACCUGAUUGAACUGGUAAUGUAUAUUUGUGCUGUAAUUUACGUUGCUCCUGGAGAAAGCACAAAAACAAGUGGACAGAUUGCAGCUGGAGCUAUCUCCAUAUUUCUGGCUUGGAUCAACUUCUCCUUGUUUCUGAAGACAAUUUCCUCGUACGGAAUCUACAUCGUCAUGGCAAUCAAAGUCUUUGAGACCGUUUGCUUGGUGCUGCCAUUGGUGGUAUUGUUCACCAUCGCAUUUUCAUUAUCGUUUAUGUUGCUGAUGCCUCAAGAUCCAGGUUUUGAUAAUCUUCCCAUUUCCUUUUUGACAACAUUCGUCAUGAUGACGGGAGAGUUAGAUUAUCGAGACACAUUCCUUGCCAGUGGACCACUUCAUGUUAUGCAAAAGAUAUUUCUUUUACUGUUCAUUCUCAUGAUCUCCAUCGCCAUCAUGAAUAUAUUCACCGGUCUUGCAGUUAGCGACGCGAACGAGAUUUUGAGCCAGUCAAAAGAAAAGAGAAGAAUCGAUAGGGCAAAUUUGGGGUUUAAAAUGGUGAGAGGCGUUGUAUUAUCACAUCAUUGGUAUCCAGACGAAAUUGUAGUACAUCUGGACAACAAAAGGAAUUUGUCGUGGUUAUCUCGACUGCGGCAAAAGAUUUUUAACAUUGACGAUGAUGAAGACGAAUUACCAAAGGAAAAACUGAUGGAUGACAAGGAGGAAAAAUACGCCGAUGAAUUGUGGCUGUUGAAGGGAGAAGUGAGCGAAACAAAUGCAUUGGUGAGUUCUGUAAAACAAGAAAAUGAAAUAGCGAAUGAAAGAUUAAAGAAAAUUGAAGGCAUAUUAGAGAAAAUGCAAGUUAGGAACACUUUCAGAGAUGGAAACGAUGAGGCAUGAUUACGUAUUCUAAUCUGUCGCAAUUGCCGUUUUGGUGAAAACUGAUUAGGACCUGUUUUAACUAUAAUUAUUCCUCAAUUGGGGAAUAUUGAUAACCUGAUAUGCUUUUCUUAUUUCUUCAUGGAUGACUAGUGAGUGCAUGCAAGUAAUUUACAGGAUUCAAGUCUUAAAAAUUGAAUACAAAAAUCGUGUGAACGAGCCAACAACGAGGUAAUGGUGGACCAUAUCACCAUGGAAUCAUACAAAAGCUCUGAACAACAAACACUAGUCACACUCGCCAUUCCAAUCAAAUUUCAUAAAGUACUUUCCUUAGUGAAGGAAGUUUUUUUCAUUUAUUUUUUCCUUUAAUUAAUUUUGACUUUGAUUACAUUUCUCUAAUUCCAAUUGUUGGACCGCUGAGACAGGGAGACUGCGAGGACUUUAGCCCCCCUCCCCUCCCCUCAUAAAAUCUCCUUGGAGUUGUAUCUGGUUUAAACAAUUUAUUAAAAAGGUUCUAGAUUAAAACGUACUGGAUUUUCGGCUAAUUUGCUAACUGCUACCUUCAUCACAGUUCUAAUGCUCAAGCAGUACAGACAGACUAUUAUAAAUUAUAGUGUCAUGAUCCUUGCAUGACUGCAUGAUUGGUAUGUAAAUUUGAGGAAGUGUCUAUGCUCAUUCUAUGCUCAUUCUUUUGUUUGUAUUAUGCACUUUCUUUUCCAAUAUCCUAGCAUACUCCAUUGACACUUCGU